AUGAACCAGCUAGUUUAUUUCCUCCCCUGCUUCAUUUUGCUUGCCCAUCUCUCCCACCAUCGGGCCUCUGCCACUCCGCUGUUCACAAGCACCGGAAGCUUCGAAAGGGAAAGAAAUUUCGGAGUGGUCGCGAUCAAUCCUCCUCGUGCAUCUCGGGCAUUGCAGAGACAGUCCGGAUUCUCAAAGCCUGCAAGCACCGAAUCGGAAAGAAACUUCGGAGAGAUCGCAAUCGAGCCCGAUUCCGGCAGUCCUCGUCACGCUCCUGUUGACGAUGAUAGCUACUGGCAGCUAUCCGAUGAACAGGGAGGGGUGUCCGCCGGUAAAUCAGGAAUGUUGUCAAAGUUACGACAUGUAUUCAACAAGUACGACGGCUAUGAAAGACUCUCAGAAGAACAGAAACUGAACGCUUUCCUGGACUCAAUUUACGGGGAAAAAGAAUUUUUCCUAACUGGUGGACGAAUACGAGGCUACAACGGUGCAAAAGAGUUCGAAGCGCGUGCUCUAAAAACUCACUUGGCUGAGAAACUAUUGCAAGACUUCACAGAUCUGGUCCGUCAAAAUGUUGCAAGUUACGAUGUAAAGAAAAAGCCUUGGAUAGAGGAACAAUUGGAAGAGUUCCACGCCACUAGAGUAGACCAACUUUCACUAGCGCACGAGCUUGCACUGUGGAAGGAACAUACAGAGCCCUUCAGGGCCUUGUUCAAACUACGUCGGACUGAUCAGACCGUGACACUGAAGCACAAGAUGAAGAUGUCGCUUUUUGACGUGGUCAAAGCAAUCACUUCCUUGACAGGAAACGACACCGAAGAACUAGCCAAGGUUGCGAUUUAUGCCAAAGCAAUUGCCGAUGUGAUUCUCCAUAAGGCGGGAAUUGACACCGAUUUGAUAAAGCAGUUGAAAGACAGUAACCGAGUAGAUUUCCAGGCAUUGUGGCCGAUGCUGGGCACCAUGCCUAAAAGCGAUGAAGCCAAACUUUUCUUGAACGCUUUAGCAAGCCUAUGCUCUAUUCCAAAGGAUCUCCACCUUCGUCUCCAAUUAUAUAGUUAA